AUGCGCCGCAUUGGAGACGCGCCAUCGCCCUCAGUAUCCAUCCGGUCCAGAAACAGCUUCCAUCGUCCACUGGAUACCAUCGCACCAGAAGAUGUGAGUUUGUCCAGUACGAUGUCGCCCUGGAGAUGUCUACUACUGCUUGUUCUACAUUUAGCUUUCUCCCCUUCCUCCGUGGCACCUACAACUAGCUACACCCAGGUUAACCACGACGAACCCACCAAUGCCGUGAAGGAAACUACCGUGACCUCCGACCAAGAGGACCUUCGGGCACCCGGGGUAGGAGAGCGGGACCUCCUAUGGGACCACGUCGGGGAUCUGACACAACACCUGGUCUUGGGGGCGGAGCCCUUCGGAUCAUCCACGCCUGGUGACCUGGAAAAUGCAAACACUACGGCUACCAUGGCCAACCAGAUAGAGAACAGUGUCGAGGGGUCCAACUCCUCACAGACAGAGUACGUUUCUAAAGCUCCAAAAGGUGCGAGAAGAAAUAACGGAGAAGAAUCAGCUGCGACACCUCAGGUAUUGAUGACGUCAACAGAUAAGUCAAGUGAUGACUCUUUUGGGGAAAAUCGAGCAAACCACUCAGACGUGCAGGGAAAAUUGAUUCUCUACCCGACGGAUCGAAAAUUAGAAAGUCACAACACAGAAUCCGCAAUGGGUAACAUCACAAAAAAUAUAAUGAAAAGUUUGUCAAACAAAACAAAAACUUACCGACCAAAAAUUAUUUAUGACACUUCUGAUCCGUUUUCUGUAAUUUUCGGGGAGGUCAGAACGGAAUUCAAGACAGACAAGUCAAUAAAUGUUACAAAUGAGGAGAGAGAAAAUAUUAUCGCAGGUCUUGCAGUUCGCAAAGUUCAUGAUCUAUUGAAGAAGGAGGAUAGUGGUAAAACAGUUUUCAAAGGGAAAGAAACAACGACGACGUUUAAAAAUUUUGAAGUGCAUAAUUUUGAGGAGGAGGAAGAGCGUUUUGGGAGUGAACAAGAAGAACGUGAGAUCACAGAGAGUAAAGAGGUUUUCCAAUUUGGGAAAAUAAAAUCUAGACCUAGUGAGGACAUUUUGUUUCCGAAAAACGAUAGAGAUCAUCAUGUGAUACAAGAAAACAACGAUUUGAGGAAUGCGGAACAAAGUGCGGACGGAAACCAAAAAGAGAAAAAUCUAUUCAAGGAAUGGGAUACAGUCAGUGAAGAACAAGAAAAAAUGUUGGAAGACAUGGUUAUAAAAGGACACGAUCAAAUGGACAGUUCCAAUCGAGAUGUGAUUCCUCCUCCUGGACGAUGGUUCAUACUUCUUCUAGCUGGAAAUUCCACAAUUGUAAAACUGAGACAAAAGGAUUUUGCAAAGUAUCUCAAACUAAACCUAGCAGCAAGACUGAGCUUAGAAUAUGAUGAGGUGAAGGUAAACAGAGUUAUCUUAGCACCUCCUCGACUGAUGGUCAAUGUUAGUGUAGUUCCUGCAAACGAAGGGGGCAAUCAGGAUCUGGACGAAGAACUAGAUCUCGAGGACAAGAUUUUCGGAGAGGAAGAAGCUCCCUUGCAUAAGCUCGCCGAGACAAACGCGACUCUUUUAGAGCUCUCUGGAGAAGAGUAUCAUGUAGUACGAUUUCUAUCACUGAGGUCACAACAGCCUAUCCAAAUGGAGGAUUCACCAUCAGCCACUUCCAUGAUAGUAAACGACCGCCACAUGGACAUUGAGCUGAUCAUUUAUGUGAUCGUCGGAGGAACAUGUGCUUUAGCGAUUCUCGUUACGUUCUUCUUCGGACUUUGGAGGUAUUUACGAACUGCUGCAAUCAACUGGCCCUGGUCUGGAGCGAAACCACGGUUCACACCUCCAUGGAGCCUUCCAAGGCAUCAAAGAAUGGGAGAAGAACCAACUCCAUCCAUCGGAGGUCCCCUGACUGUGAUUUACUCCGGAAACUUUGUGGACAGAACUGCUCCAAGCUCUGGUUCAUGGAUAGACGAUUGUCAACCUCCAUCCAUUCCCGAUCCGUUGGAGAGCACCAGACAGCCAGUUUACGGAUUUGGAGCUUUGAGUAACUCAGCACUCCCGGAGAUUUGUGACUCUUUCUCCAACAUAACUCAUGAGAGUCCCAGGUUCAACUUGGACAACAAACUGCACAUUCUCGGCUGCCGUCCCAACCACUUCCUACUUCCCCACCAGCCCGCCAGGAGCGCUAGUGAUCACAAGAACACCUUGGAUGUCAGGAUACAGGGAGUAGGGGUCGACAACCCCAACUACCAAUCAUAGUUGCAACAAACUAUGGGUGUAUAGAUUUUGUAUGCGAGUAUGUAAUAUAGUUUUCAGACAAAUCAGACUGUGCUAGCGUAUUCGUUGUAUAAAGUCGAAUGCUACUUGAGAUCUUCCAAUAAAUUUGUCGUUACCAUCGGUACAAUAAUUAAUCAUUAGAGAAAUAUUGAAAUGUUAUUUUUUAAGUCAAAUCUGUUAUAUUUUUGCCCUUUUAGUGAACAGAGUAUAGACGGCUUUAGAGGAGGUUCAAAUCGAUAGAUUGUUGUUACUUGGCUGAAAAUAUGUUUAAUCGUGCAUAGUUAGAUAGGAGAUAGAAAAUUGGUUGAUAGAACAGUUUAGGAUUUUCUAAUUAGAAUCAGAAAACUUGAUAUUAUCUACAGUUGCAAUUGGCAUAUGUUUUCCCUCAUAAGUAUCUCCAAAAUGUUACCCCUUAUGUGCCUGUAUGGUUACUGUACAGCUUGAUUUAGCGUUAUGUAUCGGUGAAUCCUCUACGUGGCUCUAUGUUACCGUUUAUCCACUAAUGUUUGGUGUUAUCCUUUCUGGUAGUUGAUUUGCAUUCCUCAGCUGGCAUUAUUGCAUUAUCAGGAUGUUGAAGAUAACUGUACAAUGGUGUAAAUAGUACCGUGAGUGAUAUGUAAUUUAGUCUAAGUUUGCUAAAAUAUAGUCUUGAAUCUUACUGUUUUAUUAUAAA